AUGCCCAGCGUCUUGUUCGUCUGCGUCCAUAACGCCGGUCGCUCUCAAAUGGCAGCUGGUUAUCUAAGUCAUCUCGCUGGUGACACCAUUGAAGUGCGAUCUGCCGGAUCAGCUCCAGCUGACUCUAUCAAUUCCGCAGUCGUCGAAGCCAUGCUCGAAGAAGGUAUCGACCUCAGCACCCAAAAGCCGAAGAUCCUAACUGCCGACGCGGUUCAGACUAGCGAUUUUGUCAUCACUAUGGGAUGUGGUGAUGUGUGCCCCUUCUUUGCUGGAAAGCGCUAUCUCGAUUGGCAACUUAGCGACCCUGCCGGGCAAGGCGUGGAUGCUGUACGGAGUAUCCGAGACGAAAUUCGUCGUCGUGUCGAGUGUCUUAUCACAGAAAUCCGCUCGCAGAGUUCCACCGUUUGA